AUGAACUCAUCUCAUUCAUUGUGUUGGAACACCUCUUUGGAACUUUUAAAUAAAUCCUGGAAUGAAGAGUUUGUUUAUCAAAGCCAUAGAAUUAUGGAUAUCUUCAUUCUCCCUUCCAUGAUUGGAAUUAUCUGUUUAACAGGACUGAUUGGCAACAUCCUCAUAAUAUUCACUAUCAUAAGGUCUAGAAAAACAACGAUCCCUGAUAUUUAUAUCUGCAACCUGGCUGUGGCUGAUUUGGUCCACAUCAUUGGAAUGCCUUUUCUUAUUCAUCAGUGGGCCCAGGGAGGAGAAUGGGUAUUUGGGGGGCCUCUUUGCACCAUAAUCACAUCCCUGGAUACCUGCAACCAGUUUGCCUGUAGUGCCAUCAUGACUGUAAUGAGCAUGGAUAGGUACUUGGCCCUCGUCCAACCAUUUCGAGUGACGAGUUGGAGAACAAGGUGCAAGACCAUUCGCAUCAAUUUGGGCCUUUGGGUAGUUUCCUGUAUUCUGGCAUUGCCCGUCUGGGUCUACUCGAAGGUCAUCAAAUUUAAAGACGGCGUUGAGAGUUGUGCUUUUGAUUUAACAUCCCCUGACGAUGUACUCUGGUAUACACUUUAUUUAACAAUAACAACAUUUUUCUUCCCUUUACCCUUGAUUUUGGUGUGCUAUAUUUUAAUUUUAUGCCAUACUUGGGAGAUGUAUCAACAAAAUAAAGAUGCCAAAUGCCACAAUCCAAGUGUCCCAAAGCAGAGAGUGAUGAAGCUGACAAAGAUGGUGCUGGUGCUGGUGGCAGUCUUCAUCCUAAGUGCCGCCCCCUAUCAUGUGAUACAGUUGGUGAACUUGCAGAUGGAGCAGCCCACGCUGGUCUUCUAUGUGGGCUAUUACUUCUCCAUCUGUCUCAGCUAUGCCAGCAGCAGCAUUAAUCCUUUUCUCUACAUUCUGCUGAGUGGAAAUUUCCGAAAACGUUUGCCUCGACUACAGAGGAAGGUGGCUGAGAAGGAAAUCAUACUGGAAUCAAGCUUUUAG